GUUGAGGUUCUCUACCAUGGUUUUUUUUUUCUCUUUUGUUUUCGCGCCACCUUUCUUAGUUUCGCACUUUGACACUUGUGCUGGAGCUCGUUCAGUCUUCCUCUUCACCUCUUCAUCUCUUACAUCCCCGAGAUCACCCGAAAAACCAGCAUCAUGAGACCCCAGACAUCUGCAUUUCUGAGAGCACUGUGUUUGCUCCUCUCUAUGACUCAUGUUUUCUGUGAAACAGCAGCCCUGAACACAACACACAGCCCGGAUACAAACACGAGUUCGACUGAAAGUGUGUCUCCUACGACCGUACCCUCCCCCGCCGUCACCUUCACCGUCACCACGAAAGCUCAAGACAAGUCCACAAUCAGCAUCAAGUCCACAACCAAAAAAUCCACACAAAGCCCAAAAAGCACCACGGUCACUCCAGCUACUCCCAAGUCCCAUUCCCAUGUUGGAACUGUGGUGUGCUUGAUCCUCUUCUUCUGCUUCUUGGUAGCAUUGUGCGUCUGUGCGUAUAAAUGGUACGUUCACAACGGACGGCCAACGUUCCCAGAAAUUUGGAGACGCAUAGCAGAAAGCGCAAGGAACGCCUGGGCAGUGGCUGUGGCGUGUCUGACAUCAUCAUCAUCGCCCAAAGCAGAGGAGGAGGAGAUAGAGGCAGGAAUAACAGAGGCAGAAGAACAGAAAAAGCAUGGAGACGACGAAGACGAUGACGAUGUGUCAGACGAUUACUCGAGCAUCGACGGCACAGCAGCGAUGAGACCGAACAAGGACGAAGAGGAGGAUGGGCGGAGCGAUGAAAGAGAAGACGAUAUGACGUCAGUCGAGCUCAAGGAUGAGAAGACGGAGCCAGAGAAGAACGAUCUUACGGUGCUGUGAAACAUGAUGCUGGUUGCACUAGAUUAGAUUCAUACAUUGGAUUUUAAAUUUGUGUAAAUUUAUUCUAAUUCAUUUGUAUGAAGUAUAUUUUUUCUCCCAAAUUAACGAAUAUCAGUUUUAGCUGUAUGUGAGCACCUUCAAGAAUUAUAUUUCAGAACCCCAGUUUUUUGUGUCAUGAAUUUAUUAUAUUUUUUUUUUAAAGGAAUUACCCCAAAUUUGAGCAAAAGGAACAAAAAAACAAAAAAACCAACCAAAAACCUAAAUUAAAACAAUUGCAUUUAAUACAUCUCAAUCAAAUGUAUUGAUCAUAUAUUAAGUCUCUUUUACACUCCUGUAAAUAAAAUAAACUUGGGACGACA